UCCCCUGCAGGCACAAAAGCCCAACAGUGCUGGAAAGAUAUUAGAAAGAACACUCUAUUUCAAAGGCUGUGAAUCAGACGGUUGUGUAAAGAAGUUACUUUAAAUGCCUUAAUGGAGUGAAAGGCACCCUGUGGCCGACUCCAGGAGGUGACUGGCUCGCCCCCGCACAGCCGCGCGCGAGGAGGCCUGCCGGUGGUGGCCCAGGCCAGGUCUGAGACAGCCUCUGCAGUGCUGCCAUCAUGGGGGAAGUUCUGGAACAGUUCUUCAUUUUUGUAGGGCUGCUGGUGUGCCUAGUGUACCUCGUGAAGUGCGUGAGAUUCUCCAAAUGUAUUUUCCUGCGCUUCUGGAAGGUUUUGCCGAGAUCUUUCUUGAAGUCAAUGGGACAGUGGGCAGUGAUCACUGGAGCAGGAGCUGGGAUUGGGAAGGCUUAUUCAUUCGAGCUGGCAAGACAAGGACUCAACGUUGUGCUUAUCAGCCGGACACUGGAAAAGCUACAGGCCACUGCCACAGAGAUUGAGAGGACUACAGGGAGUAGUGUGAAGAUUAUACAAACAGAUUUUACCAAAGAUGACAUCUAUGAGGAUAUUAAAGAAAAACUUAAAGGCUUAGAAAUUGGAAUUUUAGUCAACAAUGUUGGAAUGCUUCCAGACCUUCUCCCGAGACAUUUCCUUAAUUCACCGGAUGAGAUCCAGAGCCUCAUCCAUUGUAACAUCACCUCAGUAGUGAAGAUGACACAGCUCAUUCUGAAACAAAUGGAAUCAAGGCGGAAAGGUCUCAUCCUGAACAUUUCUUCCGGGGUGGCCCUCUUUCCUUGGCCCAUAUACUCCCUGUAUUCGGCUUCCAAGGCUUUUAUGCGCACGUUUUCCAAGGCGCUGCAAGCAGAAUAUAAAGCGAAAGGCAUCAUAAUCCAGGUGCUGACUCCAUAUGCUGUUUCAACCCCAAUGACAAAGUACCUAAAAACCAACAUGAUAACCAAGACUGCCGAUGAGUUUGCUAAAGAAUCACUGAAUUAUGUCACAAUUGGAGAUGAAACCUGUGGCUGCCUUGUCCAUGAAAUCUUGGCGAGCUUCCUGGGCCACAUCCCGCCCUGGGUCUUCCACAGCGGCGCCUUCCGGAAGCUGCUGCUGGCGUGCUACGUGGACUACCUGAGGCGGAACGCCGCCCUCGGGCCACCACGCGGGGCCGCCCGGGCCGCUGGCGCUGCGCCGUCGGCGGUGGCUGCGGAGGACAGGGCCGCGCGACCGCCCGGCGGGCCCCCGGAGCCGGAGGGCCCGUGUCACGGAUCCAGUACCUAGAAUACAACUUUUUUUGCAGUUUUGCUUGAGCCUGGAGAUCUUUGGGAAAGCUGUGGUGUAAAAACGUGUGUUGUGCAGUGGGGUUUGAGAGUUUGGGUGGGAGGAAAUUGGGGUGUCUGUAGAUAAAGCUGGAGGAAUUUUCCCCUGGAUUCUAACUAUGGUGAGAAGGCGGCCUCUGGUUCUUCGAAUGUUGAGCUAUACCUAGUAAGUUGCUUGCACAGCCGUGUUAAACAAUGUCUGAAGUUACUAAACUGCUUAAGGGAGCACUCGGUGGUUCUCAAACUCGGUUCCUCAGAGACCCGGAGAACUGUGUAAGGGACCGCAUGGGGGUGACGGCUACAUCCGGCCAGUUUCUGAGGACCCCUCAUUUCAGCUAAUGCAGCACCAGAUUUAUCCGUUUUAUUUAUAUUUGGGGCUCUACGUAAGGCAUAAAAAUACAAACAGAAAAGGAUGCAUUGUUAAAAAUGGUUUAAAAACCGUCGCUCUAAGGCCGGAGUUGAUAACCGUAGCAACGAGGUGUUUCGCAGGUCUCCAGCUCUUGGGGUGCUGGACUGAGGGCUUUAUCUGUCAACGCAGAGGGCUGCUGUGUGGGGGAACUGCUGGCUUUCAGCUCUUGGGGGCGUUGGAGGAGGAGUGUGCCAGCUGGCAGUGGCCAAGACCGCUUCCCCAGGCCGUCACGUGCUCGAGGCCCUGCCGACCUUGGUGCACGCGUCGUUUCUGAGGCGGUCGCCGUCAUUCAUGGUGUGAGCAAAGACACGAUGUGCUGCUGCUCCAGUCAGAAAACGAGUCUGGGGGAUUUGGUUCGAACCACAACCAAUACAGAACCAGUUCUGUAAAUGAACCGGUUAUUUACCUUUUGUACUGUCACCUGUGAUGCUGGACUUGGAAGCUUCAGACUCGGGUCCUAACUCGCUCAGGCCAGCUGGCCUUGUGUUAGAUUCUGCCAAGGGGAGGCAAAUUUGGGAGAGUCAAAGGAGGUAGGAGGGGCGGGGGAAACUCCUUCCCAUUUGCCUUCUUGUCACUGUCCCUCUGCAGAGAGGACGGCUUUAACCAGACUCAGCACCAACCCAGAGGCAGCCUGCAAGGGUCUGAGCCCCAGCCCCACAAUGCCCCCUUUGGGGAUCUGAGCAUUAGCGAUGCAGGGGUCCCUCCUCAGAGCAUCCAGUUCCGGAAACACCACCUCUUCCAUUUGGCUCCCCUGGCUCUGCAGUUCCUGUUAUCUGAGUUACGUAGCAUCUUUUUGUUGUUGUUUCAGCCUUGCGACUCUUGUGUUAACAGUUCCCUGUAUUAAAUCCCAUCUGUUUGAAAUGCUCAGGGUGCCUUUUCUUUUGUGACUGGACCUGAUGGAGACGGUCACAUUGGUUAUUUUGCCUGAUCUAGGGAGCAGGCUGGAUGAAUGGAAUCUCCUUUUUACAAUGAAGAAUCAGAAACUCUUAAUCGGUCAGGGUCCCGAGAGGAAACAGAGGCACGAGUGAGCAAUUUGAGGAAUUAUUUGCAACUGUGUGAGAGGGGGGUGGUAAGUCAUCGCAGCUAGUAAUAGAGGGGUGCUUUCACUACCCCAAGGCCUGAGGGGCUGGGAAGGGAGCGGUUAUUAGAAACCAGUGAGAGAGAAAGAACUGUGUAAGGAGCACUGCCUCAGAGGAGCUGUGACUUCUGGCUGAGAGAGGCUCCCAGGCCAUGGCCACCCACAGAGAGGGAGAGGGGAAUUGUGAUAUUAUGAUUUAUAAUUAGAAAUGUAUAUUUCAUCUUCAUCCCCAUUCCUUGGAAUUUCCUAAGUGAUAAGAUCAAUAAAUGUGUCAUCUGUUAUUCAUAACAAGUCCCUUUCAACAACCCUUGAGCUUAUAUUAAUGAGGUUACUUUUGGAAAGCCCCUAAGGAGGAGAGCUGGUUGCCGGGGGAACCAACCAUGUGAUUAGAGUUGGAACUUUCAGUCCCACUUUGAGGAGGGGGGAGGAGUUAGAGAUUGAUUUCAGUCACCAAAGGGCGAUGAUUUAAUCCAUCAAGCCCACGUCAUGAAACCUCCGUAAACUCUGAACUAUGAACAGUGGGGUUUGGAGAACUUCCGGGUUGGUGAACAUGUGGAGGUGCUGGAAGGUGGUGUGCCUGGAGACGGCAUGGAAGCCCCACACCCCUUCCCACGUACGUUGCCCUAUGCAUCUCUUUCAUCUGGCUGUUCCUCAGUUGUAUCCUUUUAUGAUAAACUGGUAAGUAAACUGUUUUCCUCAGUUCUGUGAGCCGUUCUAGCAACUGAUUGAACCUGAGGAGUGGGUUGUGGGAACCUCUAAUUUACAGCCAGUUGUUCAGAAGCCCAGGUGACAACCUGGACUUGCAAUUGGCACCUGAAGUGGGAACAGUCUUAUGGGACUGAGCUCUUAACCUGUGGGAUAUGACACUACCUUCAAGUAGAUAGUGUCAGAACUGAGUUAAAUUUUAGGACACCCAGAUGGUGUUGAGAACUGCUUGGUGGGGCUAAACCUCUUCACACACUUGGUGGUCAGAAUUAUUGAGAGUAGAGUGUAGGGAGGAGAAGCAGGACUGUUUUUCUUUGUGGGAAUGAAUACCCACACUUCAUCCUCCUGCUGUCUUCUGGGUCUCCUGCUGGUGCCUUCAACUGGUCACAUUCUGCUGGAAGCUCCUUGAUGUAUCAUAAGGUCCAUCUCUGGAGACACCAAGUUGGAGGGGAGAAGGGUGGAGAGUGGAUCUGGAGGAAAGGGAUGCAACAUAAGACCCACGUUUUAAGUGAUUUGCCCAAAGUUGUACCAUUACUAGUUGGUAGCUCCUGAAUUGGGGCACUGGGUUUCUGCCUAUACUCCCCACUAUGUUUCAAGAGGAGUAAAACUUUAAGCCAAAAGAAUUAGUGUGUUAUUGUGGAAUCCAAGAUUUUAGCAAAGUGGGAGGUGUUUACAGACGUUAGAGCCUAGCCUGCUUCAGUGAGAGACAGCUGUUCUUGCCGGCUGCUCCAGUUAUUAUUGCUGUGUGAUGAGUGACUCCCCAACGUAGUAGCUUAAAAUGACGACCAUCUUCUUGGGCUUGCAGAUUCUGCAGGUCAGAAAGGGCACAGUGGGAUGAUCUGUUUUGCUCAGUGCUGUCUGGGGGCUCAGCUGGGAAGACUCAAAGGCUGGAAAUGAUUUGGCCUCUGGAGCUGGAAUCAUCUGAAGGGUGGCCUAGUUACAUGUCUGACAAUUGAUGGGAGCUGCUGCCUGGGACCCCAGCUUGGGCUGCUGGAGAGAAAGCUAUACAUGGCCUCUCUAAGUGCUGCUUAGUCUUCUUCACAGGAUGGUGGCUGGCUUCCAAGAAUGAGUAUCCCAAAGAAAACUAGGAGGAAGCCAUACUGUCUUGUAUGAUUUAGCCUGGGAAGUCACAUGGCAUCAUUUGCAAGCCCUCCCAGAUUCAAUAGGAGGGAACAAGCCCCACCUCUUGAUGGGGGAAGGAUCCUGUGUAAUAGGAAAUAUUGCCGUGGCCACCUUUGGAAAAUACAAUGAGCCACACUACUUAAUCUUACUCUAAUUGUUUCUCCUAGCAUAUAUCUAUUAUGGGGAAUUACUUGGCUUUUCAACUGUUGGUACAGCAACUGAUAAAAGUGUAGACAUUGUGUUUCUAAACCAUCACAUCACACCCUAGUGAAUUUGCCUUUGGGGAAGAACUUCCACAACCAGCAGCUUAGGCAAGAAAAGAUACACUCUUCAGCUUGUACAACCUGGGGCAGAUUUUAGAGAUAAUUUUUAGUUGUGUAACAUAGGGGUUUUUCCAAUCCUGGGUUGCUUUGAAUGAUUGAUUGUCUAACAAGCUUUUUGAGCGUCUUUAAAUUAAGAGAGAAUUUCCCCAUAGUAAAGGCCCCAAGAUGUUACACUGGCUUAUGAAAUGAUGCUAGGGAAGCCCUGUAUUUUAAGAUUUUUAUCCCUAUCACCACCAGCACCAGACAAUAGCUAACAUUUGUUGAGUACUAGUCCUGUGUCAGGGACUAUGUAAAUCCUCGUGACAAUUUAGGAAGUAGGAACUUGUAUUAUUAUUAUCUUCACUUUACAGAUGAGGCACAGAAAAGUUGAGUAACUCGCACAGGUUCCCCUGAAGUGAGUGGCGGGGUUGGGACUUGAACGGGGUCCUCUUGCAGGGCUGAAGCCCUGUGGUGGGGCCCUGCCUGUCUGAGAGAAGCUUCUUCAGCUGGACUUCCUGAGGACGGUGAACGCUGUUCCUCCAAGUCUGUAUUUUCCACUUUCACGUGUUGUGGAGAGAGGGGAGUAAUCAAACUUUGCAGCCGGGCCCAUGUGUCUCGAUUUCAACACCGACCACUCUCCAAUUUACCAGUGUCUGGGAAUCGUUUGGGAACAAGGAGGCUUGCCAAAUUUCACUGAACAUUUGUGUCCGCUGAGGUGUAUUGGGCUCUUGUUUCUGACCUGAUUCUCUUCUUCUUGUGUGGAGGGCUCGGGACCCCAAGGAACAGCACCGGCAGCUUGUUAUCUUGAUAGAAGCGUUCACUCUGUGUUCUUCCAGCCUUCCAUCUGCACCGCCUCCAGGGAUGCCGAAGCCCAGAGGAUCCCUCUGACGGCGCUCGGAGCCGGAAGAUGAGGUGAUUAUGGACUGCUGCUCUGAAAACUGUGGGAGCUGUUGCCGGUGCUGUUCCCUGGAACAUCAUCCAUUUCUUGUUCUUGUGGGACGGGAACCAGAAUGGCCCACUUCAAAAAGACUCCUUUAGCCAGCGCUUGCUAGAGAAAGCUGAAGACGGUCAUCUCAGGGUCAGCAUGAUUUUAAUCAUGUUUGUCUCCUUCUGAUGCCAAAAAAGAUGAUUAUUCUCAUUAGUGUAUGCCCUGUGCGUAAGGUUCUGCCUGGCUUGACUUGCUACUGCCCUCUACUGGUCUAGGAGAGAGACUGUUGGGUCUUUCUGUCUAAUCCUGUAGGAAUUUUAGAACAGAAUCCAAUUUGGGAAAAGAAAUCACUCAAUUUUUUUCUUUUACUUCUUUAUUUAAAAAUAGAGAUCUAAUUGACAUAUAACAUUAUAUUCAUUUAAGAUGUGCAACAUAAUGAU